AUGCAAUUCACCGACGAGGAUACCUGGACGAAAGCAUUGAAAUACAUGCUGACCAACUUGAAAUGGCUGUUGUCCUGGGUCGCAAAGAACGAAUCGACUCAACCAAUGAAUAUCAACAUAAAAAGACCUGCAUCAUCGUCGUCGUCGAAUGCAGCUGCCUCUAACAACUCACAAUCUUCAUCACCAUCUUCAUUAAAUCAACAAAGUAAUGUAUCAACACCACCAUCAUCAAUCAACAGCAACAACAAUAACAAUAACAAUAACUUUACAAACAACAAUAAUAGUAAUAACAAUGAUAAUGUUUCAAUUGAUUCAAUCAAUAACAAUAAUAAUAAUAACUCACCAAAACAACCAUCAUCUAUUCUAUCAACUUAA